AUGAUCCGAAGUGAAGCUCUCUGUCAAAUAAAUCGACAUCGAGACGUUAAAAAAACAGUUAAAGACGAGACACUGACGGAUCAUCAGCCAGUAAUCCUUCCUGUUUACAAUCUUCAGCCCAAAAUGCCCUGUGAAUCGGCGCAUAAUCAAUGUCGACAUGGUACCUGCGAAACACUUUACGAGGUCUUCGAAACUCGUGUACAGAACCAGACUAAGACGGCCUCCCGAAUCUCGGGCUUUCGGUGCAACUGUGAUCCUGGUUGGAUGGGUGUCUUCUGUGACCGUCCCUUCGAUGUCUGCCUACAUCACCAGUGUCAAAAUGGUGCCCAGUGCGUUGGAAUGGGUGAUCACUAUGAAUGCCAUUGUCCUGAAGGCUUUGAGGGAGUCCUAUGCGAACAACCAAUCAAUCAGGCCCCUUCCAACCAAUCAAAUAAGAAACGCGAUGCUCAAAACGACCUGGAAGAGCACUGUGUGCUGCUGGGCUGCCCCAAUCCUGAUGAGACUAAUGGAACCUGUUCUGGACGGUGCAUCCAAGCUGGUUGCUUUAAUCAGGGACAGUUGAAUGCCUGCAGAGAAUGGAUUGACUGCCUUGAGGCGACAAAAGUGGAUUUUGGAGUCGGCCAACCGACCUGCGUCGAACGGUAUCGCGAUGGCGUCUGUGAUUACGAGUGUGCGAUAGCAAGCUGUUUCUACGAUGGAUUCGAUUGUACGGAUGCCGGGUCAACCUGUCCCUCGGAGCAGCACUGCACAUCUGUCUACGGUGACGGUGUCUGUCAACCGGAGUGUAACGUCCCAGUUUGUGGCUUUGACGGUGGCGACUGCUUGGCCACUAUUGAUCCCCUUUCUCCCCAAGUUGACAAUAUCCGAACCGGUUACAUAGGCCUCAUUCUGAACACUGAUAAAUCCACCUAUUCCACACUGGAGAGGACAAUUCUGGCUCAUGUUGCAGACCUUCUCCGUGCUGUUGUUCGUCCUGCUAUUGACGAGAAAACUCAACAACCCGUCAUUCUUGAUGUGGAUGAUGGUAGACGUACCCGAGUCACUUUUGUAAUCGAUCUCUUGCCUGAAGGCUUUCAAGCCAGUCCCGGAGAGAUCUACGAAUCCAUUGAUCAAGCGGCGCACACUUUGAAAGCCGCAUUGGACACAAAAUCGGUCGACUUACCCCUCCCUGUUGCCCAGCUAUGGGUCGCCAAAGACCCCUAUGCCCCACCACCAGGAGAGACUACUCCAGCCACCCCCGGUGGUCUACCCUUUCUUAGAUCCAAGGAUGCUAUUGGUCUCUACAUCGUUCUCUGUGUCCUCUCUGGAGCCGUAAUUAUCCUCCUCGUCUUCAUCGUGAUUCAACGUCGACCCUGGAAACAGGCGCGUAAACGAGUCCGAACCCACGGAAUCUGGUCGCCGCCAUCCCUUUUCUUUUCCUCCAGUGGUGGUGGAGGCAGCGGCUCUGGUGGUGGACAUUCUAGAGCUCCCGCGCUCUCCACAGAUCCUGGCAUCCUUCUUCAACAAGGCCACAAGUCUGUUGCCAAGACUACUGCCUCACAACUGGAAGAUCUACUUCAGCCAGGCGGCAAACGGGCUCGAUAUUCACCCUCAACAACUGAAAGCUACCAAGAUGAGUCUCACAGUCUCCUGCCCCAGAAAAGCUACCAGCGGGGCUACACCACCCUCCAAAGUUCCAAUGCCCGUCCUCUUCAACAAACUGAUCCUGCCACUGCCGUCACUGCGGAGUUGACCAGCACCAUUCGAGCCUCCGACGGUCUUCAUACCCUCAGCCCCGAGGCACUUUCCAAACUGGAGGUGGUGAUACGAGGCAGUCAGCACUCCCUAGCCCCUCCCCCACCACCCCAACAACAGUACAUGCAUCAACACCAUCUCAAACGAUCCUUUUCAACCAUGGAGGCCUCUGAUUUUGACCAAGCAAUGUUCGGAACCACCUCCACGAUUCGUGGCAUCAGCAGUGGGGUGGAGAAGCUUCAACAGCAGGAUUCAUUCGUUACCACACGGAAUCCCUUAAAUGGGGAGACAAUACUCCACCUUGCUGCCCGGAUGAAUGUCGGUGCAAGAGCGAUUCGUCGACUUUGUGGAACCCUGGUUUCUGAAGAGGGUACUGCGGCUUCAGCUGAGAAAACUCUCGCUCUUCUCUGUCUGGACAAAGAUGGCAGAUCUCCCCUGACAGCCUCGGCAGCUACUGACGGUCUUGAAACUACCACCGCGCUGUAUCGGUUAGAAAGAGAGGCGAUUACCUGCAGUAGAAGUGCUGCUAGUUCUCAGUCUGCACCUCCGGUAUCCACCGCGGAAAGUGCAGGAGCUUCUAGUGAAAAACCUUCCACAGAAGCUCGACGACGCACAAGGCACGUGGAGUCUCGACGAUCAACACCGCUGAUGGUGUCUCUUAAAGCUGGGUGCACAGAGGUCACCAAACUCUUGCUGGAUGAGGGCUGUUCCAUUCAAGGUGUCGAUGAGACGGGUAGAAAUCUUGUUCACUGGGCGGCAGUCUUGAAUGCAGCACCGCUUCUAACUCGCAUCUCGCACACGAAAGGAUUUUCACGAAUGCUGGAGGCAAGAGACGACUGUGACAGAACUCCACUUAUGCUGGCAGUAAGGGAAAACUCUCUUGAAGCAGCACAAAUCCUGCUGGAACAUCAUGCGGUGAUCGAUGUUUUCGAUUACACCGACAGUUCUCCAAUAAGCGAGGCAAAAUCCCGGGGCUUCAACCGAAUGCUAGCGCUAUUGAUGGAAUAUAAGCAGAGGAGGAAUCCCUCGUCUUCAGGAGCUUCAACAUCUCGCCAUCCAGCCGUAAAGGAACGACGAGACAGUGAGAGUUCUGCAACCUCCAGCAACUCGGAGGAAGAGGCCACUGGCUCUGAGGUGGACACAGCUCUAGGCGGAACGGACAACGCCACCUCAUCAACGCAGUACACUCCACACUACCAAAAUUCCCAAAUUUCCCCUCCUGGAGAUAUCCCAACUACAACUGCAGCGGGAAGUGAAAAGUGGCACCAAAAGUCCUUUUGCAAUGACGCCAUUAAACCCGAUCCUUCGGUGUGUAGCAGUAGCAGCGGGGUACUGAAACAGGAGGAUCGGAUAUCCCCGCAGACGCCGUCCACGUGGAGUCCACCGCUAAUGGCUCCGUCAAGUAUUAAGGAGAUAUCGCCACCGGUUACGACGACACCUUAUUGGCAGCAGCAACAGCAAGGAGGAGGGGGAGGGUAUGUUGAAAACUAUCCUUACAACAACGGAGGUGAGCCGCAGUUCCCGGCUCCGUUCCCUGGCAUAAAUGGAUAUGAGAAGACACAACAAAUCUACCAAAGGAAGUACCAGGAGCAGCAACAACGGCCACCACCACCACCACCGAUACAACAACCCCAACCUCAGCAGCAUCAACAACAACAGCAGUCUCAAGUUCAACCGAAUGGGCUGUGUUCAACAACGAGGAAUGGUCGUGCGCCGGUCUACGUGACUGGUAGCCAGCCCUCAUCACGGGGUAUGUUCGUGGUGCAGUUGUAA